GUUUUGAUUACAUUAAUUGUCUGUGAUUAAAUUAAAUUUAACCUUUUCAAUUUAAUUUCAUUGGAAUACCCUUUUGAUUGAUCUAAUUUCUUACUGAUUAUCUUGGGUUUUCUUCUGUGUGAUUAAAGGUUACACAUUUUUCUUCUGUGAUUGUGUUUCCUUUUCUUUUUGUAUUUCCGUUGAUUGGUUUUCGGUUUUUUUUUGUUUGUUUCUUGUUUCAUCUUAAUUUUGAUUAACUGAUUUUGGACACAAUUUUGCCUUUCAUUCAUCAUGUCAGAGAUAAUUCAAUGGUUUGAUAGUUUACCAAGAUUUACUAGAUGUUGGCUUGGGUUGUCUGUCGCUUUUCCCAUCGUCGGAAAAUUUGGUCUCUUCUCGCCAAUGUCUGUCAUGUUGACUCCACAAUUUAUUACUCAACUUCAGCUUUGGAGGCCCUUUACAGCUACAUUUUAUUACCCAACGGGAUUUCAUUACCUUAUGAAUCUCUAUUUUCUUUACCAUUACUCAUUACGACUUGAAACAGGUCCCGAGUUUGCAUCGAAACCAGCUGAUUAUCUUUUCUUAUUGAUAUUCAAUUGGAUUUGGUCUGUAAUAUUUGGUUAUUUUUUCAGUAUUUACCUUCUUAUGGAUUCAAUGGUUUUAUCUGUUCUUUAUAUUUGGUGUCAAUUUAACAAGGAGCAAAUUGUUUCAUUUUGGUUCGGUAUCAGAGUAAAAGCAAUGUACUUACCAUGGGUUCUACUCGGAUUUAAUAUGCUCAUGGGUGGAAGUGUAAUGUUCGAGAUCAUUGGUAUAGUAAUUGGUCAUCUUUACUAUUAUACGAUGGUCAAAUAUCCUGCUGAAAAUGGAGUUGAGUUAAUUGGAGUACCUUCAAUACUUUAUGACUAUUUUCCCAAUAUUCAAAAUCGAGUUGGUGGAUUUACUUAUGUCCCACCAACCCAACAACAGCAACAACAAAGGCCCACAGCAAGAGGACACAAUUGGGGCAGAGGUUUUACCCUCGGAGGAGGAUAUUAACUUCAUAAAUCUAUUCACCUAACCAAUUAAAUUUGCCAACAAUGGCCAAGUCCAUAAAUACAUAAAUUGUUCUAUGUAAAUUCAACACGAUUAAGCUAAUUUUCAAAGGCGAUUCGAUGCUGAUAAAAACAUCACCAGAAAUCAGAAACAUUUUGUGCAAAAAACAAACAAAAUAUAUGAAAUAAUUAACAAAUCUUAUUGAUAUUAAUCAACUAA